AUGUCGUCCGUUUUCAAGUGUUUGUGCGUCUCGAAUUGCUCUCGAAUUUCCCCGAACAAUUCCUGUUUAUGUUCUUUCCCAGAUUUCGUUUGGGAGGCUAUUCGUAAAGCUUUUCGGUACAAGGUUAAAACGUUCGCGCGGUUGAUGAAGUGCUGGAGAGAUUUCGUCGUCGUCUUCGUCGUUGACAUUUUGUCGUACGGACAAAAGUGA